AAAGGACCCAAAUGCUGCUGACGACGUCGCUUUGAAGAGGGAGAAGAAAACCCAAAACGUUUGCGAAUUGCAGUUGAGUUUGAUGCGAGUGAAAAUCUGAGAAACACAGAGACAGAGAGAGAUGCGAGACAUGGGUUCGAGGUUUGGUCUGUUCCUCUUGGCAGUUUCCAUUCUAUGGGCACCUGUGCUCUCCGAUCUAGUCAUCUCCAAAGUUGACCGACGCAUUGAUUUGACAUCACAAAUUGCGCGCAUCACUUCCACACUCAAGGUGGAGAAUGAGGGAAGCGACUUAGUCACCGAGGUUUUGUUGGCAUUUCCGGAUGUUCAGGCAGAGCAUUUGGCACAUGUGGCGGCAACCUCCAGUGUAGGGAAAGGAGGGAAAGGAAAAGCGAAAGGUUCUAGUACUAGCUAUGCUGUUCAACCUGUUGACCCUAAAGGCAUGCCUGCUUCCUUGACUUUUUACUCGGUAACUUUACCAAAGGGACUGGGCAAGGGCGAGAGCGUAACCUUUGAUGUGUUGGCUGUUCUCACCCAUACGUUGAAGCCAUUUCCGGAGAAAAUUACGCAGGCUGACAUUCAGCUCCUAGUGUUUCAGGAUACUGCACACUACCUCUCUCCUUAUCCAGUCAAGGCACAAACACUCACUGUUAAAUUGCCUGAUGCAAGGAUUGAAUCUUAUACGAGAGUAGACAAUACAAAGAAUGUUGGUUCAGAGAUCAAAUAUGGUCCUUAUGAGAAUCUCCCUCCCUUUUCAUACUCACCUAUCGUUGUUCAUUUUGAGAGCAAUCAACCCUUUGCUGUUGCUGAAGAGUUGGUGCGAGAGAUAGAGAUUUCCCAUUGGGGUAAUGUUCAAGUGACAGAGCAUUACAAAUUUGUCCAUGGAGGUGCCCAAAGCAAAGGAGAAUUUUCAAGGCUCGAUUAUCAAGCCAGACCUCAUGUGAGAGGUCAAUAUGCCAUUAGGCGUCUUGUUGCAAAGUUGCCACCUAGAGCUCAUUCUGUCUAUUAUAGAGACGAAAUUGGUAAUAUUUCAACAUCUAACUUAUGGAGUGAUUCUAAGAAGACAGAACUAGAAAUUGAGCCUAGGUAUCCUGUGAUUGGUGGUUGGAAAACUGCAUUUACCAUUGGAUAUGGUUUACCGCUUCAUGACUUCUUAUUUCAGUCUGAUGGAAAACGCCUCGUUGACAUAACUUUUGGUUGCCCUAUGAAUGAGGUGGUCAUCAACACUCUCAUUGUGAAGGUUGUUCUGCCUGAGGGUUCUAGAGAUAUAUCUGUAUCUGCUCCAUUUCCGCUGAAAGAAUCAAAAGAGACAAAAUUUUCCCACUUGGAUAUUGCUGGUAGGCCAGUGGUUGUACUGGAAAAGACUAAUGCUGUGCCAGAGCAUAAUCAGAAAUUCCAGGUCUAUUACAAGUUCAACAGCCUUGCGAUGCUUAUGGAACCUUUGAUGUUGAUUUCUGGAUUUUUCUUCCUGUUUGUUGCCGGCAUUGUAUGCAUGCAUGUAGACUUGUCCAUCUCCAAAUCUUCUGCUUCUUAUCUGGCAAAACUACAGUGGGAUGAAGUGCAAGCAACAAUUCAGCAGAUUCAACAUAUUAUCAACCGAGGCCUCGUGAUACAUGAUAAACUGGAAGCAUCUUUACGUGAUCUUUCUCGGACAGGGGACAUCCAAGCCUGUAAAGCAGCACGAAAAGCAGCUGAUGGUUCGUUGAAGGAGCUUUCCAAAGAGAUUAAGCCCUUGUUGGCAUUCUUGCAAUCAUCUCAGCAGGCUGCUCACAUACUGCCCAAGGUGGAGGAGCUGGUGACCAAGGAGAGAGAUUUGGAAGAAAGGUUAAUGGCGAAGCACUCUACUAUAGUGGAUUGCUACGAGAAGAAGUAUGGAGGAAAGGAAAUUGAAAAUCGGGUUGCUUCACAGCUGCAGAAAAUCACUGCCUUGAGGAAGGAGGUUGACGAUCUUCUUGAGUUUAUUGAUGAGAUAUAAGAAAUGGGCGCAUUUUUUCUGCGCUUGUUAUAAAUUUUCUUCUGGAACUAGUUAAUGAUUUCAAUAGAAGACUUAGGUAAUUUUAGUUUUAUUUUUAAGUACAUUGUACUAAAAAGUUGAGGAUUCAGUUAAUUUUGAAGAACUUAAAUCAAACUCAGGCGUCAAAUUAAACAGAUACAUUUGAUAUUUCUAGCUACCAAUGAAAGGUUAAAGACAAUCUCUGCGGCAAUUUUUCUCGUUAAA